AUGGGUUCCCUUUUCCAAAAAGAUGAAGAAGAGGAGGAGGAGGAGAAAGAAAAAGAGGAGGAGGAAGGAGAGAUUAAUGAUAGACAAAAGUCUUCCACCCAUGAGGAUUCUUUAAGGGACCAGUCUCUUCUAAGGGAAGACAAGGACAUAGAGGACUUAGUGGAAGGUCCUGGCUGUAGUUUACCGCAGUUGGAUGGAGCAGUCGACUGUGUUCGUCUGCUGAAGUCCGAGGCGAGAACUAAGGAAUGUGCAUUGCGAGAAACCUUUGUGCCUUCAGGUAGUGCCCAAACUGUAGAAAGAAAUACUGUGAUAAUGAAUAUAGCUCAAAACUGUGAUUCAAAAGUUUUAAGUAAACACUGUGGCAAUUUUUUGUCAGGAAAUAAGCAAGCAUGUGAUAGGGAAAAGAGUGAAAGCAAAGAGGCUAUAUCACGUAAGAGAAAGAAUUUACCAAGAACUAGGGAAGUUGAUAGUAAGAAAAGGAUUGAAAGGAAAUCAAGUUCGGAAACCAGUGAUGAGGAAGUCUUUGUUAUCCCUCAGUUUGAUGGUGCAAAUGACAUAGUGUUUCACAGUCGAAAGCAAAAAACUUCUAGUAACUCUAGUGCUCAGCAUGCAGGACAAGGGAGCUUGAGUCAAAGACCUUCCUUACCUCAGAUGCAGUAUACGUCUAACUCAAAAUCAAUCAAUGCACGCGAGGCAAUCCGAGAAAACAUAUUGAAAAAGAAACGAGGUGUUGUAGGUGAGGUAUCUCAGGUUGUGCACCCCACUCAGCAUCGCAGGCAAGAUCCCCAGGUACCACAGCAAAGACAGCGCUGUAACUCGCAACCUGUGCCUUACCCUUCAGCUCCCCAGGCUCCAGUGCCUUCAUCACAUAAUAACAGAGUACCUGCUAGUAUGUCAAGUUCAGUUCCUUCAGACAUAAACAUGGACAGGAUGCUAGGAAGGAGAAUGGAACCAUCAUCAAACAUGGCAUCUGGACAGUUUAUGCACUCUAGUUCAGCAGCCAGAGAAGAAAACUACAUGAGAUCCAAUGUUAGAAAUCAGUUUUCUAUGAAAACUGAUAGCAUGGGUCAUACUGACAGAAGAGAAGGAAACAUUGCUUCAGGAGUGAGUCAGGGCUUCCAGAGAGUAUCUCAGUCACAGGAGAGAAGCAAAUCAUCCAAGAAAAACAGGAAGGGCCAGAGGUCUGAAUACAGAGAUCCUGCUGUGCCUUCCCAAGUUAGUUCCAAGAACUCAGACUCCAUGGGUAUGGCUGGUCCUAUUAACAUAACACCUAUUGCGAGUGGGAUGCCACAGGAAUUCCCAGGCAUUGGGAAAGCUCUUGUAGUACCAGCACUGGUAACAAAUAAAAGAGUGAAUGUUACUAAUUCACCGGUAAUGCUGUCACCUAAUCUAGUUAUGCAGAAUUCUGGAAAUGUCAUCUUCAACCAGUCUUCUUUUGAAAGUGGGAACAAUCAACAAUCACCCAAUGUAAUGAUGGUCCAGCCUACUGUUGAACAGGAGAACAGUGGGGGAAGAAGGCAUGCUCAAAUUAAUAAUCCCUUGAGGCACACAACAGAAAGCUCAGACAGAUCCUCCUUAAAAAGUGUCUCUUCAAACAGUGGUUCAUCGAGAGCAUCCCGUAGUAGCAAGUAUGCAGAGGGUGGGCAUCAAGGUUUUUCUGGUAGUAAUCUUGCAGGUGCUCCUGGACCCUUAAAAAGCAUAAUGCGACAGCAUUCUGACCAAACUGUUUAUUCUCCAAUAUCUGAUGAAUCAGACAUUGAAAUUACUAGUACAAAAAAUGCAGUGGCACCAAAAAGUUCUGAAACUGCAGCAGAAAAGAGUAGUAAACAAUCUGACAUCCUCCAACAAGCUCUCCAAGUUCUGGACAUGUCUCUGGACAUUGACAUUGAACCAAUGGAUAGUGAAAAUUGUAGCGUCCAGAAAGAAUCUCCAAGCGCAACAGCAUCGCAGUCCAGACCUUCACCUGUUGGAAGACACAGUCGUGCAUCAUAUCAAAACCAGCAGUCUAUGUCUCACAGUACAUUAGAUCCUGCAAAAGCUGGUGGUGGUGAAGGGUCCAGUAGCAGAUUUGAGAACAGCAAGUGGUCCAGUCAGGAGAGUGAUAGUAAAAGUGGUACAGGGUCAUGGGAGAGGAGAUCUCAUCACUCAAAGGCAAAUCAGUCAAAAUCAACCACCCAUGGAGAACAUUCGUCGUAUGCGAGAGACAUGGAAGGAAGGCAUUCGAGUCAGAAGGUCAGAGGAAAGCCUUCGAAAUCAGAUGUUCAGAGUAUUAAGAGGUCAGAGAGGGAGGCCAAAACAACUCCCACUGGGCAGACCCUAAGAACAAGUGAGGUAAGUGACUCCUCCAGUUCUAACCAGUCUGAAAGUGGCUCGGAGAGGCAAGGUGACAGCGACUCCUCCAGGUCCUCCUCCCCGGAUUCUGGCAUUAGGGCAAAGAAGUUGCAGGCGGUCAGGGACAGACACAUGACCACCCCAGUUACUCAGUCAAGGAGGUUCUCUCGGGUUGCCAGCACGGAUGUGUUUGAUAUGGAUUAUGACAUGACUCCACAGACUCCAGGUAGUGACCUCCCAGUUCAUGAUCCAGUUACCAAUCCAGCUGUUGGUGUUUUGAAUCAGGUGCCCAGAUCACAAAAGAAUAAACCAUCUCAUGCAGCAACAUCUUCAAAAAAGUCUGAAUCUGCAAUGCCCCAUAGGAAAAUGUCUGACUGUGAUAAUCCUGACUGGUUCAACUUUGAUUGUCCUCCUACACCAGGGGAUCCAGUCAGCAGCAAGCAUGGCUUUUCAGAGCCUAGUUCUGUUGUACAAAAGACCGAAGCCAAAAAGGGCAAUAAACGCCAGACUUCAGCAAAAGCCCAGUCAUCAUCUGGUGAAACUGCUCAAGUAUCUAAUGGAAGUUCAGAAUCAAAACGGAAAUCCAAGAGAAAGAUGGCCCGGUUGUUUGGGUCUUUUUCCCCUCCAGCCUCUUCCUCUGGAUCUACUCCAACACAGGAGGAGGGGUUACAAAUAACAAACAUUAAACCAAUAACUGUAGAGCCUUUUGUUGAUACUUUUGAUUCUGAUGAUGAUAAUAAGACUCCAGAGCGUCCACAGACUCCAGGAAGGGAAGUAAGGGAUGAUCACACUUUUCGCACCCCAUCAUCGUCCCAAAAACAACAUUCGCAUGACUAUUUUUAUGAUUAUUAUAUGAAUAACUUCCCAGAAAGACCUCUGACACCAGGAGGGAAUGAUGAAGUGCAGAACAUUUUCUCCAAUGAUUCAGGAGAUGAUCCUGCAAGAAAUCCAUACCAGCAGUUUGAAUCUAUUUUUGACCCAGAUCUCAUGGCCAGUAGCUUGCCAGAGAGACCAAGAACUCCUGGUGGUGGUUCAAGUCCAACUUCAAUGUGCCAGUCACUUUCACAGCCGUCUGAUAUUUCCUCCCUGUAUUUACCAGAUCAGCAGUUUAAGUCCCCUGGUCAUGCUCGAAUAAAUUUAUUUCCUGCAUCACCUGUUCCCGUGGAACCUGAGCCUGUUGUGAAGGAAUCUCCUAAAACUCAAAGAUUUCCAUCGAAAUCUAACCUUCCAAAACAUUCCAGCCAGACAUCUCAUUCUUCUCAUAACCAUCCACCUUCAGAUAGAAAGGAACAUGAGAAAAAAGAAAACUAUUCUACUCCUGAAAGUGGGCUUUCCCCCAAAGGAACACAAUUUUCAUCAAGGAGUCGAGCAAGCAAGGAAGAGAAGAAGGCCUUGCCAUUCUCAAAGAGUGCAGUGAAAAGUAUGGACUCGUCCCCCUUUAUUGCCAUUGGAAAAGUUCCUGCACCACUGAGUCCACUUAGGGAACCCCACACAUCAAAGAAUAAGGUUGAGGUAGAAUCACGAAGCAGGUACCCAUCAGAACAAAAGAGACAAGCCAGACAAAAUGUGCAUGGCCGUGCUGGUGUGGAAGUAGAAACUAGUUCUGAACAACAGAAUAUUUCCCACUCAAAGAAAGGUGAGGAAGAAGUAGGUCGUGGAGUGGAGCAUGGUGAAAUGCAAAAAUCAAAAAAAUCAAAGACACAUUUAGAAAGCAUGAAGCACAGAGGAAGGUCUGCAAUGCAUCAUGCUUUUUCUGAGGUAUCAGAGAAUCAAGGCAAAGAAGAUUCUCGAAGGAAAAACCAGCCUUUCCAGAAAACAGCGUUAGAGGGAGAGGCAGCUGCUGACAGAAUGCAUGUCAGGCCUUCCAAUCAGCAGGCAGCAUCACUUACUCAUAGGAAGGAUAGGAAUUUCCCCCGGCCCUCAUCUCAGGCAGGGAGUCAUCAGCAUCAUCCUGAUACACGCUCUCCUCCAAGAAGUCGUUACCAACAACACAUGGACAACAGGCAUGCACAACAUGGAAACAGAUUCAGGCAGUCUGGAUCUGGAGGUAGAACACCAUCUGCAGAAAGUUUGCCACAACAGUCAAAUAUCACAGAAGUUUCUCCUGGUAGACAUAGGCCUAAAUUAUCACAAGGGAAUAGGCAACAGGUGUCUCCAGGCCAUAAACCAGGACCUCCACAGGCCAACAGAUCUCUGUCUGGGAACCGACAACCACCACCACAAGUGGAACGAUCACAAAUUUCCUCAAGUAAUAAGACUCAGUCUUCACAAGGGAGUAAAUCCCUGGUUUCUCCAAAUAACAAACAACAGUUUUCACAGGUAAAACGACAGCAGAUGGCACCUGGGAACCAGAGACAUCAACCACAGGACACACAUUCCCAAGCUACCAGUCAUAUGCAGUCAUCAAGUAGCAGAUGGUCAAAGCCACACAAUUAUAAUAAAGCAGCAGAAGCAAGUUGCCAACAGGAUAUAGAAGAAAUGAAUUUUUCCCCACACCCUGAUGUUUCAAGUCAACAGGGAAAGAAAGUACAUAGAACAGAAGUCCAUUUUGUGCCACCACAAAGAUUGAAGCAAGUACAAGAUACUAGUACAAAAGACAACACAAAAAGUGGAUGGAACAAGAUAGAAAACAGCAGUGGCUUUAAACCAGGAAGGCCAGUGGAACGCAAGGAACCUCAACCCUUCCGUCGUGAAAAAUCUGCAGGUGAAGAAAUGACUAAGAUAAGGAGUUUGAAAUCAAUUCCUUCUUUAGCUUCAACAUUUUGUAAAGCAAAGGCUCCUGGGAAAGAGACAAAUCUUCAUUCUCAGGGAUUUCCCCAUAAGGAAGACAGUGGGUUCACAGACAUUACUGAGAGAAGAGAGGAAAAGAAAGAUGGUAGAGAUAUUCUUGACCAAGAUGACUUCAACUUACCUUUCAUAGAUACAUCAUUACCUCUCAUGAGUCCAAUACCUUGCACUCCAGCUGCACAUAGAGAUGACUUCUGCUCAGUCUCUGAUAGUGGCAAUAAUGCAUUCCCUCUCAUGGAAUCUAUUCAACCUCCAAUGAGUCCAAUGGCCCCUACCCCUCGGCAUCAGCCACACGAAGACAUAAAUUUGCGCUUACAGCCUUUGAGUCCAGUCGAACCCACUGUUAAUCUUUCAGCCUCCAUGACACCUCAGAGUAGUGCACCCUUUAUCUUACCCUUGGCUCCCGGUCCAGUGAUGAGUCCAAUCCCACCGACCCCAGUGCGCACUACCUCCCCUGUUCGCAUGAGUCCCAUGCCUGUGUAUCCCUCAAUGUUAGGCCCCAUUGUGAGCCCCAUUGCAAACACACCAACACACAGCAUUGGAGAGAGCUUUUCCAUACUGAGCCCUGUGCCCAGCACUGAAGACAUGUCAUCUCACCAUGCACAUCCAUUUGGUAGCCUUAGAGAGGCUGCGGAACAUUUUACUGUUCAAGCAGCCAUAAGUCCAAUGCCUCAGACACCUGCUCAUAUUGCUCAGAUGCCCCAGCAGCUUCCUUCAGUUAAAAACUCAACAACAGCUCAAACGCCAGCUAUGAGCCCAAUUCCUCCAACACCUGCAUAUUCUGAAACAGAUGAUUUUCCCCUUCCUCCCAUGAUGAGUCCUAUGCCAGUUUAUCCAUCAGUUGGACCACUUGUAAGUCCAAUGCCUCACACACCAAGCCAUUAUGGAGUUGAAAGUAAUGAGCCACCAAUGAUGAGUCCGCUCCCCAGUCUGCCUAGUGCCCCUGGCCCUGUCAUGAGUCCCUUGCCACAAACGCCAUCCUAUGCACCUCAGACCUAUGUCUCUCAGUCACCUUUAUAUAUGCCAUAUACACCUCAUGCACAUGCUCCUCAGACACCCCUUCAUACACCAGAGGCAUCUGUUCACAACCCAGAAACCUCUGUUCCGUCUGUACUAGAUACAACCAGCACACAAGCAAUAGCUUCUAGUCCGAGAGUACAAUCAGAAUCUUCAGCACAACAAACCAAUACAUCACCUGUUCAGGCUACAGAGUCACACAAACAGAAAUUGCAACAGACUGCUCAGUCACCUGAAGAUAGAUCACAGUUUGAUGAAGAGUCAGGAACACUAGCACAUCAUCAGGAACCAAAGACAUUUCCAAGUAAUACCCAAGCUGUUACAGGAUCUCAGACUCCAGUCACACCUCACCCUCCUCACUCUGUAUCUCCACUUCAUGGACCCAUGACUCCACUUCAUGGACCCAUUACUCCACUUCAUGGACCCAUGACUCCACUUCAGGGACCCAUGACUCCACUUCAGGGACCCAUGACUCCUCUUCAGGGACCCAUGACUCCACUUCAGGCACCUAUUACUCCUCUCCAAGCACCUCUGACUCCUCUUCAGCCACCCAUUACACCUUUAACACCUGUACCAUCUGCACAGACACCUCAUACACCUCCAGCAACCUCAGAGUCUUUACAGUCACAAGAACACACACUACAUAAAACAUCACAAGAUCUUGAGAAUAAGGGUUCAUUUCCGCUGAAAAGUCCUAGUGAAUCAAUGGGUUAUGAUGGACAGUAUAGUCCUAUGCCAGUACUCCCCUCUGCACCUGGUCCGGUGAUGAGCCCCAUGCCACAAACACCUGUACAUAUACCACAGACACCUCCAAGUGUUAGCAGCAUUAUUUUGCAGAGUGGAAGACAAAGUGCAAAUUUAACAGAUGCUGAUAGGAAGUCUCCCACUUGCACAUUGCCAGUCACUCCAAAAAUUUCAGAGGCAUUAUCUCCUUGUUUAGAAGGGAUGAUGGAUCCAAGUAUAAACACUACAAAGACAAUGAUAAAUCAAGGGGUGAGUGAUUUUAGUGUUACAUACAGUGGAAGUGAUCAAUCAGGAGUGGCCAAAGUUGGGUCACCAUCAGUUUUUGCGACAGAAUCUGUGGCUACAACUACUUCAAACCCACCUAGUGAAGGUAAAGAUAUGUCCACUAUCUCUACCCAACCCUCUGCAUCCCUAGCCUCCAGUAAUAGUAACACUACCUCAGCAAUAAAUUCCAUGUCCUUGUCAGGAGAUGGGAAUAUUUUGAAGAGCUUAACUUCAUCAUUAGAUGAUACUAUUCUGACAAAGACAGCAACACAUGCACAAGGUGCAUCAGAUAACUUGAAUUACAGUCCAGCUUAUCUGUCUUGUGUUACAACACACUCCACUCUCACAACUCCAGCAGAAACACUGACAGUAUCAGUAGGCACACCAUCUUCAGUGUCUAUGACUGUUCAGUCUGGGAGUGUAAAAGAUCUAAAUUCUAGUGGAGCUGAGUAUCAUCAACAAAUGCCUGUAACAUCUGUUUCACCAGCUUCAAAUAAUUCUCAAUCUGUAAUUUCACAAACACCCUCUGUAACUUGGUCUAAUCUCCCAACUUGUUCAGAGGUUUCAGGGGUCACAAGUCAUGGCAUGCAGAUGCCAACAACAAUCCUACCUUAUGGCAACAAUACUCCUUCACUUGAUAAUAGAGCUCAGCUUUCAGACACAGGCAAAACAACUGUAAGUAUCUUAAAAGCAACACUUUUAUCAGACUCAGGUAGAGGAGUUUCUCGUGUUGUACCCUCACCCUCUUGUAGAAAGGAGUCAGAGUCCCAUUUUUCAGCCAAUUUGAACCCAAUACACCCUCAUAUUAAUACAUCAGGUGGGUUAACUGGAUUGCUUCACCCAUUAAGCGAAAAUUCUCAGGGUGAUCACACUUUAAAUCAAGAGAACAAGACAGUGGCUACUCCUCAUGAAACACCAUUAAUGUUUUCUGGUGGAAGUGUUCAGCAGUUAAGUGCAGGUACUCUUGUAGAAGAUGUACAGGGAAAUCUAAAUGUCACUCAGGGAACUUUCCCAGUAAAUACAAGUCAGGAGGCUGAAGUCCUGCCACAAGUUAUUUUAAUGCCAAGUCAAGUGCAAAUUAGUAUUCCACAAGUGACUGCUCCUGCAGUUAACUUACCUCUUGUAAUAGGUGCUGUUGUGUCUGACUCUAGCACACAGCCUAAUGAGACUAUCACAUCAGUCCCAACUAGUAUUAUGGAUGAACAGAAUCCAAAUCGUCCAGCUUUACUUUCUGGCAGUGUGUCAGAUAUGGUAAUUCCGUCAUUAAAUUCAUUGGAUUCCAGUGGUGCAAAUGCUAAUAUCAUAGGUGUGCCUUACACAGUACCCCUUCAUACUGUAGAAGGAAACAUUGAUUCUAGAAUGACAUCAGUCCAGCCAGAUGAAAUUUGUUACGCAAAUAUACAAGAACCUUUAGAUGUUGUUCAGCAAGCAUUCCAAUCAACUCUGCUUGAUAUAGAAGAUAAACCAUCCAACAAGAUGUUUGCUGAGAUUGCUGAAGAAUUUAGUAAUCAGGAUUUCUGUUUACGUCUUCAGGAGACGGCAGAAGUCUCACAAGUAAACACAGGUGAAAGUGAGGCAAAUCUACAGAAUGUUCCUCUUUUCACACUUGAUAAGGCCAAUAUCACACCAGUUCCACCCAGUGCAGUUCAGCUUGAUCUCCCUGCAGAUGACAGUCAGAAAGAUUCAUCAUGUAGUACUCAGCCACCACAAUUGCCUCCUGUACUUUUACACUUCUUAGAGCAAGAAAUGCAGAGUGAUGCAGAAAAUAAAGAAAAUGAAAGUCAGAGUGUCACAAAAGACAGUGAGGUUGCUAGUGACAAAGAUAAAUCAGGUAAUGACAGUGAAGGGAUUUCAGUUUGUAUGGAAUCUCAGUCAAAAGAAGCUUUUCCGAAUGUAGUCAUUCCUGAUGUUAAGUCUGUUACAGAUGUACCUACACAGUUGGAAGAAAAAAAUGUACAUUUAGCACAUACAGGUACAUCAUCACCUUUCACGCAAAACAUGCAUUUAGAACAGGUAACAGUGUCAAAUAUAAUGCAGGAAACCCCAAAUUCCAGUAUAGCAGUGACAAAUCAACUCCCUCAAGUCAGUUAUUCAACUGCAACCUCACACUCAUUGGAUGUAGGUACAUGCGCUCUCUUAACCCACGUAACCACAGCUUCACAACUAACACCUUUGAUUCCACACUCUGAUUUGACUCAGGCAACCACAUCUCCACUCUUGAUGCAUACUAAUAUUAACCAGCAUUUAACACAGUCACCUUUAGUCUCACAUUUAUCACAAAUAAGCUCAGCCACACAGAUAUCCCAAGGUUCAGCAUCUUUAAUGCAGACAUCUGAAACCACUCAAAUAACACAAAGCACUUUAGGUCCAGAAUCCACUCUAGGUCCACAGGUAGCAAAUAUCACUUCUUCCACUGAGUUACCACGUGGGGCUUCGAAUUCACAAGUAACACAUACUUCGUUGACUUCACCCAUCAUGCAGGCAACACACACUUCUUUGACUUCACCCAUUGUGCAGGCAACACACGCUUCUUUGACUUCACCCAUUGUGCAGGCAACACACGCUUCUUUGACUUCACCCAUUGUGCAGGCAACACACACUUCUUUGACUUCACCCAUUGUGCAGGCAACACACACUUCUUUGACUUCACCCAUUGUGCAGGCAUCGCACUCUUCUUUGACUUCACCCAGUGUUCAGGCAUCACACUCUUCUUUGACUUCACCCAGUGUUCAGGCAUCACACUCUUCUUUGACUUCACCCAUUGUGCAGACAACACACACUUCUCUGAUUUCACCCAUUUUGCAGAUGACCACAGCACCAACAGUGUCAGUAACUUCAUCUCCACUAAUGUCACAGGUACCAGUUUCAUCUCCACUGAAACAAAUUACAACUUCACCUCAGUUCAUGUGUGUUCCCACAUCAUCGCAUUUGGCCAGUGCCCUGUCAAAGUCACAAUCUCCACAUGUAUCUUCACCAUAUGCAGCUACAACUUUAGGAUUAACAGAAACUUUUUCACAUUCAUCAAAUACAGCAGUAACUUCACCAUAUACACAAGCAUCACCCCUCAUGCUUCCAGAAUCAAACAAAGACACUUGUGUUUCAAAAGGUUUAGAGGGCCCAGAAUUAGCAACAGUUUCCACUUUCCUUCCUGUGUCAAAUCCACAUAUUUCACCAAGGGAACCUUCUGCUUUGAAUGCAUCUUUUUUUACCAAGGAAAAUGCCUCAUUUGGGGUGUCAUUAGGAGCAAAUGUGACAGAUGCCUUGAAAAUGAGUCAGCAGUCACCAGCAAGUGAAAAGAAUGUGUCUGCAGAUAAAUUUUCUCCAUCAUCAGAAUCAUUACCUCUUGGUUCCACGGACCACACUUUAGUAUCUGCCUUUCCUAUUCAUGCAACUACAGCACCAUCUGCACAGAUUAUGGGAACAGAGGUCACAGAGUCUGUUACAAAGUUAGUAUCUCCAAAAGCAGCUGAAUCAUUGACGGCACCUUCUGAAGCAGUACCAUUUAUGUCAUCAGUUGAGAAGAAUACAGAAUCAGUAGAUGGAGGAUUCUCUUUAAGAAGUGAAGUAGAUGAUGUAGCAGUGUUGCCAUCACCAGGGAGAAUUCCAACACCAGCAAGUUCUUCAGUACAAGUAGCAACAUCUAAUAUGCAACUGGAAUUGAAUACAGAAGUUGCUGUGGAGCCUAAGAGUUCUGAAGCAUCAGAUGUGGGUUUGUCCACAACACAGAAUUUUGUCCAAAUGCCUAGUGAGAGGGCACAAACACCAGCUGCAAUUGCAAGAAUUUUGACUCCAGUUUCACUGACAAGACCCGUGACACCUGUAUUACUGACAUCAAAUGCUACUGUUGCACAGGUGUCAUCUCCACACACCACAUCACCGAGUACUGGCUUAACAGUAUCAUCCUCAGCUAUACUUACCACCAUGUCUACAGUUACUUCUCCAAGUGUUUCAUCAGCUACUUCAUUAGGGGAAACAACAUAUUCAGCAGCAAGCAUAACUCCCAUGUCCUCCACAACUUCUCUGCUGCUGCCAGCCACAUCUGAAUCAUCUUCAGAUGGAGUCAGGCCUCGUUCUAGGGAAGGCUCUUUAGUGCCGCUGUUCUCAUCAGCUGAUAAUCCAAGCAAAGUUGUUCCUGUGCCACUUACAACACAUAAAUUACAAAAUAUUAAUUCGAAGGUACCAGCAGGAGCACCUGAUACUAUUAUUACUAAUAUACCUAAUGCUCUGACAUCACCUUAUGAUGUUGUCAGGCCUCUCUCUGAAAGCAGGAAAAUCUUACCUUCAAUGAGCAUGCCACCAGGAUCAUCUCCUAGUGCAUCAGGGGUGGUACUAGAUAAUGCAGUUGUUUCUUCAGUACCAAGAGUGAGCAGUGUUCCUAUUACAAGUAUAAUGCCCUCUGCAUCUGUGACAUCAUCUGAAGCUAGCAUCAUAACGACAAGAAUUCACCAUGGAGGUAUAAUGAAUACUUUGUCACUAGAUUCCUCAUUGGCAAACAAAUCUGUAGCACCAGUUGAUUCAGGAUCUCGCUACUUAGUCAGUGGAUCUCACCAGUUUCAACAUGAUUCAUCUUUUCCAGAACUUCAGGCUAGAUUGGUUGGAACUGCUCCGACUCCUAAACCUAUAAUAGCACAAACAGAGCUUGAUUCUGCCUCUGGUGAAGGGUUUUCAGCACCAUACAGCAGCCACAUGUAUCCAAAUGCAGUACAGAUUAUAGGAGAAGGAAGCCAAAGGCCACCCAGUAUAUCUGCAGAGUCCCCAUCCCACCAUUUGUCACGUCCAUUUCAAACUCAUUUUAAGAAGCAAUUAAUAUCAUCAACUCAGAAUUCUGCAACAGUUGAAGGAAUAGCACAUGAAGAACCCAAAUCCACAGAUCCCAGUCAAAAGCAUGAUCAGGGUAGUUUAGGUCGGCUCCAACAUCAUGAGUCUGCUCCAGUUUCUCAGCCAAAUGCACAGCCAAACAGGUUUGAAGCUUACCAGUCAUCCAGCACUUGUAGUUAUGCAGGUCUUGUCCCACGACCAGGAGCUCUUCUUGAACCUUCUUUCCUGAAAAUGAAUCAGGCAGUUCCACAACCUGUUAUCCUCACCCAGAAUAGACAAGUCCCUAUAGGACACCCAGUUGGUGCACCAGGUCCUAGUCCAGUAGUGGAGCACGAUACAAGAUCUGUUGAUUCUCUUGGUUCUGUUGAGUUACCUCAGACGCUUCCUAGCCACCCGUCCGGUACUGAUCUUGAUGAUCGGUUGCCAGCAACUCCAUUUGGACACUUUCGAUUGAUUGGAGGAUCUCCUGCUUCUUCAUCUAGUUCAAAGAGCAGAUCAGAUUGGUCAAGAGAAAGCACACCCAGUGUAAACUCCUUCAAAAUCCCAUCAUCUUCUCCAUACUCAGACCCUCAAACUCAGCAAACUUCCCCACUGCCUCUUGUUGUUCAGAAAGUUAAUAGUGGUGGCAACCCCAUCUCUACUAUACUCCAUGAUGACUUAAUCAAUAGGUCUAAUGUUCAAAGUGGUACUGAAGUAGCACCUCGAGAGUCUCAGCAAACUCCAUUAAGCUAUGUACCUGCACCUGUGCCUCUUCCUGUACAAGAGAUAUCUGUACGUGAUAAACGUUUCGUUCCCAUACGAAAGAGAAGUGUCCAGAUAGUUUCUGAGGAUAAUAAAGACUCAGAAAUUCAAUGUCAAGGAACAUUUACUUCUCAAGCCCAAGUUAUGUCACUGGUGCGAGUGACACCGAGUCCUGCCUCAUGUAAAGAGAGUGAUAUUAAACCACCUGAAGAAAGUGUGCAGUCUAUGGCUCCACCCAGUGUUCCUGGCAUCACACCCUUAUUACCUCACCCAAGGUACCAUCCUCAUGCUCUGAAAUUGAGACCAGAAUUGGGAGGUAGAGCUAUUCAGAUGUACAAGGAAAGGCCAUUUAUGAGAGGUUCAAUAUUGACAACAUCAAAGGCAGCCCCACCCCCAUUACUUAGCCCAGGUGGUCAUGGGCAUCGUGCUGGGGUGUAUCCACCACAACAGCCACCAAACAGGCCACACAUAGGGGCAAAAGAGGACUUAACAUCACAGAAUAUGGGAAAAAAUGACCAAGGUCAUCCAUUUUGGAGGUAUGGCUCUAGCUCAGAAUUGAGAGACUCACCUUUUCAGAUGGACCCAGCUUUGAUUCCCAUACGGUGGCCUGGUAUGUCAAGUGAAAUUGCAGCACAGCUAAAAGCACCCCAAAAUCUUGCUCCCUUUUAUCGACCUGGAAUUAACUCUUAUCUCUUUCGUGGGGACUUUGCACAGGGAUCUCUCAUACCACCUAAUUAUCCAUCUCAGAUGUAUCAACAGCCCUGCAGUUUACAAGAGGGGCACAGACCACAUAGUAAUGAGACUGCAGUAAAACCAGACUGUGUGAAAGAAAAUAAGCCAAGUCAGGAAGUUUCACCAGAUGAUAGUCCUAUCAAUGUUGUGGAUGAAGCACCAGAACUUUUGCCUGCAAGCUCAAUUGGUUCUGAAGGAUCAAAAUUAGAGGGGUUAGGAAAGUCCUUACAACAUCACCUCACGUCCCAAAAACUUCUUACUGAUGGAAAAGCAAAGGUACCCCUCACUAGCCCAGGAGUUCAUCAGAAUACUUCAAAUCUUCAUGAAACAACAUCACACACUGGUGUGUAUGGGUUACCUCGAUCUGUGUCAGAAUCCAUAUUGAAAAGUUCUCAUGCGGGAAGUGCACUGUCAGGAAGUCUUUUCCCAAAUGCCAUUAUGUCAGGAAAUAGUAGUAACUCUGUUAUUGGAAACACUGGGGGAGGAUCUUUAAGUUGUAGUGCUAGUAAUGCUGUUACUAAUAACAUCAUUGAAGCAGUAAAUAGCCUUGAGGGGACAACAAAUGUUAGCACAAGUGGUGGCUCAUUAACAUCCCAAGAUGAUGAAUGUAGACAGUUGCACCCAACAACAGGAGAUUUGCAUGAUGAUGCUCGUCAUGAACAAGCAGGAAAACUGGGGAAAUUCUUAAAGAGAGUUAACAGAGGUUCGGUAGAUCACCCACGAACUGAGGCUAGCACUCCUGUCAGCAUCAUUGGUGGAGAAGAUGCAGCAUGUGUUGGUACAUCUGUUGCUGACCAAAUUAUGGAAGAUGCUCCCUCCACUUCAAAGGAAGAGCAGGAGGCACCAGGAAAGGAAAGUACACCUUGUUUCAAAGAACCAAAUUUUGAAGUAAGUUUAUCAGAGACCCAGUUGCGAGAUUUGCGGAGUAUCCACCAAGAUCAGGAAACAGACCGCCAAUUCAGUAGAGGAUUUAAGAAGAGCAUUUAUACAAAUUCAUCACCAAGUGUUGAGUCGGAUGGAAGUCAGCUUACAGAAAAUCCCAAAGAAAAUGUGCCUAAGAAAAUAGCAAGUACUGUAGAACUCGAUGAAAAUUUAACGGGCAGAGCUAAAAGACUGAAGAAUAGAGAAGCAGCUAAUUCAGACAAGAAUAGUAAUUUACCUGUUUGCAAAAGAACAGCUGAAAGAUCACAAGCAAAGGCACAAGAAGACAAGCAAGAUUUAGACAUGGGACUAGAUGAAAAUUGUGAUUCUGAAAAUGCUGAUCAUAAAGAUAGUUCUACACAAGGGGGAAAUCAAGACAAACUGGCACCAGCAGCACAAAGUGAACGAAACGUGGAUGACGACAUAGAAGAAACUCUAAGAAGGUUAGAUGGUCCCUCACCACACACUGUACUAAGGAGUCCACCCCACCCUUCUGAAAAAUUAAAAGAGCAGAAUUGUAAUAGAAAGCUUCGGACUGAGGCAUCAGGAGACCAAGUGAAAAAAGAGACUAGCACAAAUGAAACUGAUAUUAAGAAUAAUGUGAAAAGUAAUUUAGAAGCCAAGAAAGAGGUAGGAAGAAAAGAAACAUCAGAUCAAGAUGAUGAAAUUUUGAAAACUUCAGAAAUUAUUGUAUCAUCUGAACAGCCUGUGGCAUCCAACCUCAAGCCAUCCACAUGUAAAGAACAAGAAAAAUCUGAACAGUUGGCUGUGGAAGAUUCAUUAAAAGAAGCAGAUGGAAGUUUGAAUGCUGAAAGUAGUGUGGUAGUGUGUCAAGAUACAGCAGCUCUCUCAGUUGUAGCAACAUCUAACAUUGUUUCUGAAAACACUAGUCAUGGAAAAGAGAGCUCCAGUGACUGCUUUCUAGGAAGUACUAACACUAACACAAGUGGGAGUAGAGUCAAUAGUGCAGGUGAUGAAGAAAACAGCCGUGGAGGAAGUGGCACAGGUGGUGAUGGAGGUGGAAAUGAUUCAGGGAGCAAUAGUAACAGUCCUGUGAGAAAUGUUCUUCUGAAGUCUGUGCAGUACAGUGAUGGCAUCAACGAUCAUGACUCAGAGUAUCAUGACUCCAUGUGGAAUAUGGCCUUCCUAACACCAGAACGAAGGGAGAGGGAUGAGAUAUCUCCGCCUCAACCAAGCUCACCAGGGCGCUCAGACUCCUCAAACAUCAGAAGGAACCUUUCAAGACAGCAGUUAUAUCCAGCAAUUGUAACACUACAGCCUGGAAGCUUUGAAAGCCCUGUGAGAAGAGAACGAUCUGAUUCAUCAUUUAGUCUUCACAUACCCUCAUACAGUGAGAUGGAAGAAAAGGGCCCAAGUGGUGACGAAAACGUGGAAAUAAUUUUUGACAAGAAGAAUAGUGCAAAAGAGAAAGAAUGUGCAAUAACCAAAGGGCAAAGACCUGAUGACAAUCAACAAGUUUGCAGCAGGGACAAAGGUAGCAGUGUUAGUGGUGAAGACUGUGCAAGUCAGUCAACAAGUAGUGUAGUCGUAGAAGGGCAGGAAGAAGGUAUUAAAGCAUUAGAUGAUAAGGAAAACUCACCAGGAAAAGAAUUUGAAAUAUUACAUGGUAUAGAAAUUUCAUCUGAUUCCCCAUCUAGUGAGAGUGGUAAAGGAACCCAUAGCUCAUCAGCCGUCAGUGAGGUGAACAAAGAUUUGUGCAUAGCUUCACCUAAGGAUUUAGGUAAACAUUCAGAGAUUUCCUCAGGUAUGCCAGACAACUCUAGUGAUGUUCCUGAAAAAGACUCUGAUAAAGUUCCACAUAAAAGUCCAGUGAAGGACCCCAGUAAGACUCCACCAACUGAAGUACCAUCAGAGGAUACCACUGAAGAUGAACUGGUUAAGUCAACCAAAGGUGAAGAAGAGUCUUGUAUCAAUCUAUCGAGGGACCAUUCAUUGGGAAAUAUUGAUGAAAUCGGACAAAAGAACCUUGCUGAAGCAAGUGGAAAGGACACCAACAAAGAUCAAGGGGUGCUGCAACAAGCAAAGGAUACCAAUGUAUCAGUUGUGAAGGACUCAGUGGAAGAAUCCGUUGAAAUGUCGGUGGAGGCCUCUGGUGAAGUUUCAUCAAAGGACUCCAAUGAAUUUUCAGGGAAAGACUCCAUUGAUGUUUCCUUGAAGAACUCCAAUGAAGUUUCAGUAAAGGACUCCAGCGAAGUUUCAGUAAAAGACUCUCAAGAAGUCUCAGUUGAGGACUCUAGUGAACUUUCAGUGAAGGACUCUAGUGAAGUAUCAGAGGACUUUGAAAAAGUUUCAGUAAAAGACUCCAGUGAUGUUUCAGAGAAGGACUCUCAUGAAGUUUCAGUGAAGGACUCUUGUCAGUUUUCAUCAGAGGACACUGAUGCUGCUGCAUCAAAGGACUCCAAUGAUGCUUCUUUAAAGGACUCCAAUGAUGCUGCAUCAAAGGACUCCAGUGAUGCUUCAUUAAAGGACACUGAUGAUGUUUCAUCAAAGAACUCCAAUGAUGCUUCAUCAAAGGACUCCAGUGAUGCUUCAUUAAAGGACACUGAUGAUGCUUCAUCAAAGAACUCCAAUGAUGCUUCAUCAAAGGACUCCAGUGAUGCUUCAGCAAAGAACUCCAGUGAUGCUCCAUCAGAGGACUCCACUGAAGUUUCUGGAAAAAAUUCCACUGAAAUUUCGUCAAGGGACUCAAGCAAAAUUUUACUGAAGGACUCCAGUGAUGAUUCAUCAAAGGACUGCAAUAUUGUUUCACCCAAGAACACCAUAGAAAUUUCUAGAAGGGAGUCCACUGAAGUUUUAUCAAUGGAUUCCAGUGAAGUUCCAGUAAAGAACUCCAACAUAAUAUCAGCAGAGAAUUCUUUUAGAAAAUCAACUGAAAAUCCAGUGAAAGAUUCUACUAACACUCCAUCAGAGGAAGCCCGUGAAGUUCCAGUGACUACCCCAGGUGAAGUUGCAGGAACCGACUCAAGUGAAAGUGUUUUACCAGAGGAGUCUGAUGAUAUCCUAAAAGAUACUAAUGACACUAAGAGUGAUAUUCCAGCUGUAGACUCCAGUGAAGUUGUAUCACUGACACCCACUGAUUUUCCAUCAUCAGGCUUCAGUGAUGUUCCAUUAGAUAAUACCAAUAAGAUUUCAUCAGUAGAUUCCAGUGAAGGUCCACAGGGUGACAAUGAUAGGAGGAAAAAUGACAAGAACAUCAAGAAUUCCAAAGAAAUUCCAGCAGUAAAUUCUGGUGAAGUUCUUGCAAAGCACCCUAGGCAGACCACAGAGGAGGAUGGUAAUGAGGCCUCAGUGGAGAACUUGGAGGUAGUUGCUGAAGUUUCCAAUGUUUCUGAAGUUACUGGGGAAUGCCGUCUGAAUGAUUGCAGGGAAGCUACACUGGAUUCUAGCACAGCUUCACAACAGGAUGUAGUAGUGAAAGAUAGCGAUCAAGUGUCAGUAGACAGCCCACGGAAACCCCCAGAGACAGACAUAAGUAGUGUUUCUUUGCCAGGUGUCUCUGCACCAGUUUUGAAUGAAGGAGAUGAAAUUGCCAAUGUGACUUCCUUGUCAGUAUCAGCCAUGGAGUCAGAAAAAGAUACCUCAGAAAGGUCUAGUAAAGCUUCAGACAAAGAAAUUUCUUCUAAUAAAAGUCAAACUCAUGACAGUUCCUCUCUAACAUCUCCAGAGGAAUCAAAUAAGUUAUCUAAAGAUCCCAGUAAAAUGUUUCCAUGCAAGGAUACAGGACCAGUAUCAUCAGAGAAUUCUGGUGAUAUGUCCUUGGUGGAUUGUAGCAAAACAUCUUUGGAAAAAUCCAGCAAGAAUUCACCCACUGAUUCCUCUAAGGAGUUGCCCCAGGUUUGUGAGGAGGACUCCAGUGAACCUGAGACUCCUAGUAAAACCACAAGUGAAAAAGUUACCAAAGAUUCCAGUGAAAAUUCUACUGAUGACUUGAAAGAAAUGCUGCCCAUAGAGUGUGAAUUUUCUUCAAGGAACAGUUCUCAAGAACCAACCAGAGACUGUUCUCAAGCACCAUCCAAGGUGGCAGCUGAAGAAUCCUGUCAGAUAAUACCCAAAGACAGCUCCUUACCAUCAUCUAAGCCAUCUUGUGAAGAAACUACUGACAACACUGAAGUACCAAGCAAGGUGUCUUCUGGAGUGUCAGUAAAAGACUCCACUCAAAAAGUAAAGGAUUCUGAAGUAUCAACAAAGGAUGCCACUCAACUACCAACAAAAGAUUCUCCUGAAAUAUCAGCAGAGGAAUCAUCUGAAAUAUCAGUUACAGAUUCUACUGAAGCACCAACUACGGAGCACCAGAAAUCAGCAGAGAACUUGGCUGAAGUAACAACUACAGUCUCUCAUAUAUCCACAAAGGAAACUGCUGAAGUGGCAGUGAAGAAGCUUCAAGUAUCAUCAAGGGACUCUCUUGAAGAACCAACUGAGGAAACUCAAAUAACAAACAGAGACUCCAAUCUAAUAACAUCUGUGGAUUCUCCUCGGGAAUCAGCAAAAGUGUCUCCUCAAAUACCAAUGGAGUCCACUCACUUACCAACCAAGGAGUCUACAGUAUCAGCAACUGACUCCACUCAAGUACCAACCAAGGAGUCUACAGUAUCAGCAACUGACUCCACUCAAGUACCAACCAAGGAGUCUACAGUAUCAGCAACUGACUCCACUCAAGUACCAACUAAGGAGUCUACAGUACCAGCAACUGACUCCACUCAAGUACCAACUAAGGACUCUUCUCAGUUAUCAAAUGAGGAAACAUUACACACUUCACCCAAGAAACCUCAAAGUGAAGGAGAAAGCCUAGCUUCAAUUUGUACAUCAGAAGAUUUGGAUAGUCACUUGGUUGAAGAUGGUACUCAGAAGAAAGUGAAUGAUGAAGAUAUUUGUAACUCAACUAAAGAUACUACAAUACCAUCCGCUGAGAGUAAUUCACCAGAUAUUAUUGAAUUAGAUGAAUUAAAAUCAGUUAGUGAGGAUAGAGAAGAAAAUGAAGAUCCAAAAUCUUUAUCAUUAAGAGUGUCAAUUUCAAGAUCAUUUGUUAAAAUUCCUGAUCCUGAUGAGCAGAAUGUGGAAGAAGAUUUGACAGAUAGUAAUAUUAGUAGCAGAUCCACAGCUAAUGUGUCCAGUUGGCCCAGUGCUAGUAUAUCACCCUCUGAUAACAGUUCAGCAGAAUGUAAACAGAAAUUAGUAGAGGAUAAUCAAAUUGACAACAAAAUCAAAUCCACAAAGACAAUAGGUGAGACCACAAAGAAAGAUUCAGAACUGUCAUGUCAAGGAAUUAAUGAAACUUCACCAGAAAAGGGGAAGAGUAAAGAUGUGCAGGAAAGUAUAGAAGCUAAGAAGUUGACAGCAGAUGUUGCUAAAAUUUCCACCAAGAGUACCUCUGCUACAAGAAAUGUCAUCCCAGAAGGAGACCUAAAACAUUUAAAGUCUACUUCCAGCAGAGAAUCAUCAGGGACCAAGAAAUCAAAAUCACAGGAGUCUAGCAGGAAGAAAAAGGAAGCCUCUCAUAGAAGUACUGCUACGAGCAGUCAUGGAAGUAAAAGUAGAAGUAGGAGAAGUAAGAAUGAGCCCAGAGGAAAAGACUCAAGAAAAGAAAAAGUUAGGGCAGAUGUUCCAGCUAAAGAUAGCUUAUCUGAGAAGCACAAAGAUGAUUGUAACACAAUAACUAAGACCUCUUCAAGAAGUGAUUCACAAACACCCGGAGAAACACAAUCUGAAACAUCUUUAGACACGAGUAAGGCAUGCAGUGAUGGUGCUCAACAGAUGUUCCACAAUGCUAGCCCACCAGGAAGACCAUUAUUGGGCCCUUGA